CGGGGGGAGCGGGGGGGUGCCGGUCCCGCAGCGAGGGUGUGCGCGGGGGCGCGUACCCGGGACGGGCUGGCAGCUCAGUUCGCAUCCCUGCCAGCGUGCGGUGGCCUCCCCGUGCCCACGGGUCCCGAGGAUGCCCCUUGCUGGAAGACGAGGAUACCGCUGAAGUACUUGCUUUCCACCGAUUUCCUCGUUUAACUUGCCCUUGGGGUCAGCUGACCAUCAGCAUGCCUUCUACUGAGAACACCUCAAAACUUUUCCUGGUCCUCGUUUCAUUGCUGGUGGUGCUGCCAGUAGUUGAGGCCCUUGACACAGGAGAUGCCAUCGCCUUCCUACUAGGCCUCGCUGUCAGUGUCGUCGGAUUCUGUGCCUGUCUUGGCUUGUACGCAAGGAAAAGGAAUGGGCAGCAAUGAUUUCAAGAAGAUGCUCAGAUGAAUUGAAUUUCCAGACACGCCGUGUCUGGGAUUUAAGACUUGAGUUUUGAUUCGGGAUAACUUUAAAACCCAUGUAGUAGGUAUUUCUGCAAGCCCCUCUUACUGUGCAAUACAGCAGAAUCAAGACUGUACCCAGUAAAAGGGCUUUGUAGGAUCUGUCCUCAUGGUAGUAGGAUGUUUUAAUAUUGCUUGUGAUUAAAUACUGCCUUAGAGAAGGGUAAGAACUUUCUGAAUGGGGAAGGAAAACCAUAGAGUGGUUCACAGUGUUUAUAAAUGGAACAUGUGAGGGAGACCUUCAACAAGUUCCACAAUUUUGGUUUCAAAGGUUAAUCAGGAGGAAGCAGCUAUUCCAGUCAGGAUGACAGAGCUUUGGAAGUACUCCUAACUAGCUAGCUAGCGAGCAGACUGCUUUGACUUCCAUGCACGUGCUCGCAUUCUUUGUAAUGACAGUUAACACCUAACAGCUCACUUUUGCUGUCACAGGGAUGAGACUUCAGAGAACUAAGAAAAUAAUGGAAAACUUUUUCUUAUGUAUUUCUUUUUUAGAAUAUGCCUCCCCUGUAGCCGGUGUUCUUGUUAUCAAGUAGAUAUACUUAAGAAUGGGGCCACUAUUUUUCUUUAACAUGUGUUGGACAGAAAAGUACAUGUGAGGCUACGUAAAUCAGAUUAGGGAUAUGGUUUUUGUUUCUUGUUUAUUUUUUGUGCUUGGCUUUCCUUUAGGCACAGCAGGUUUAAGGCAUAUUUCAUUUGGUGCUUCUAUUUUUUUUUCCCAAAACUGAAGACUUACCCAUUUUAAUGAGGAGUUAUGUGUGGUAUUUCUGCAUUAGGGGGUUAUUAGAAUUAUAACAAGACCACUGUGUGUGUUUCUUUUGCAAUAUGGAAAGAACGUGUUUUGUUAAAACCCUAGUUUUAGUCAACAGGUCCAUUGUUCUCAGGUGUCUUCCUCAUGACCAAGUUAUGUUGCUAGCUUAAUAUUUAGUCUUCUUGCCUAACUGAUGUAUAUGAGUUCCACAAAAGAUUAGGACCAAAACCAAAUUAAAAAAUCAUGAUACAAUAUGGGAGAUGUAAAUAGUCUUAAUUCUAUUCAUGCUCAGUCAGAUUGCAUGGUAUAUGGUUGAAAGACUCUACUCAGUAGUGUAUCCAGGACCUAUUUCUUUAAGUACCAAAGGUGAAAUGGCACAGUGAAGAAUGUCUACCACAAGUCCCUCUCGCUUAUUAGAGUAUUCCAGCUGUUCGCAUGAGACAAGGAGCACAAUCUGUGCAGAAGGAGCGGCAGAGUAAGGAGGAUAGGAAGGUGAGCUCUCCACAAUACACAGAAUUUCCUUCUGAUCUUGUGCUGUGGACACUGCCACUCUUGCUAGAAAUCUUGGCUUUUAUCUUUCAGAGCUGGGGAAAAAGGUUAAAGAUAUUGCAGGACUAUAUGUUUUGGUACUAUUCCUCCCCUUCCUCUGUAAAUCUCUGUUCAGUAGAACACACAGCAAUGGCUAGAAGAGUUAUGAGGCAGGUCUUAUAUAAGUAAUUGGGUGGGCAGAUCAUGUUCUCCAUAUUCCAAGAUUUCUGUAUGCCAUUUGUGACUGGUUUGACUUUUCCAGCCUCUGAGAAGACACAAGCCCUGGUUAUUUCAGUCUUGCAAUGUACCACUCUUAUGAUUGAUAGAGGGAGGAAGGUAAAGUGAAAGCUUCCAGAAUUGCGUGGGGUUGAAACUGUAGGAGUCAACCCAGCAAGCCACAAGAAUAUAGGUUUCUGCUCUCAAGUUACAGAAAUAAUAAUGGUCACAAAGUUACUCUGGUGAGAUGCAAGUCAUACCACAUAUCUGUUCUUAAACCCUUUCUGUGGCUUCCAAAAGUCAGAAAGGGACAUGGUGCACGAUUACUAUGUACAAAUGAAAUUUAGAGCCUUAACAGGAGCUUCAGACAUUAGUGUUGCCUUUGAAAGCUGCCUAGCAGCAGUAGAUGAUCCUGUAUGUGAUUAUUCAACUGGGUGGAUGCAAGCACACAUCAAGUGUGAUCUUCCAUGUUCCAGCUUGGCUAAACUCUUACCCUUAAAUGGCCAACCAUAAAAUGACCACUUGAUUCACUUUUUUUUUUUUUUUUUUUUUUUUCUUCCCCAAAAUUAGAGAAUUUUGCCAUUUUUUCAGUAGAAUAUUAAGUACAGCUCUUUCAAUAGAUUUAAUCACACGCAGCUUUUCAAGACUCCUUUAUCUUUACUUUGGAAAAGAUCCCUGGCAACAGUUUCACUGCAGGAGAACAAAAUUUUAGCAGAGUAAUUAGCGUUAGGCAAUAGGGAUAUGAAGAACUGUGUUCUUUGCCUGAAGCUGUAUGUACUUCAUUGAAGGAUGUUUGCACAGCCUAAUGGCGUUGUUUCCUGGGUUCUGACAGAAGCUUUAUUGUUAAAGACUUGCAUUUGUCAAUGACUUGAGUAUAAAAUUGGAUAUCCCUGUUUUUCUUCUGUCUUAAUAAACUUUCAUGUAUGAUUUGUCAUCA